GGACCGAACAUCUGCAAGAUCAGAUGCAAUUGAUUUUGAUCAGAAAAGUCAGUGACAGUGCCUGAGGCAUGCGGGAUCUGCUGGACAAUGGAAAUUGAAACGACUCCGGGCGUCCAUGUGGACGGGAGGUGGCCACAGAUGGAUGCCAUCUCGCAAAAUAUACAAGUCUUGUCGGAAGAGACUCUUGCCCAGAUUGUUAAAGGGCCGUUGCGCAAAUUCACUCUCGAAUGCGAGGAUGAUAUGAAAGUGAGCCAAGUCUGGCGAUGCAUGUUGAAGACAUUUUCCACGACUUUCAUUUCGCAUCCUUUUACGACAGUGUCAUGCAAUGCUCUGAGUGCAUUCAUGGAUGCGGCUCUGGUGUCUCAAAAUGAACGGACCAGGCAAAUUAUCUACUCACACGAAACCUGGCUUACCGUAUUUGAGGUUUAUUUGGAUCGAUUUGAAGAAUCGAAGCCCAAGCCGAUGAAGCAGGUCUUGACCUCGUUGGUGAAGAUCCUAGCGAAAUACCGAGAGGGACCUAGUGCGCAGUCGAUUUUAGCCAAAAUCGUUGAUGCAACGAUUCCCAGCAUUGUACUGGGCGAGUCACGUUUGCGACUCAAGGCUUCUCUCGUCUGCUGGGAAAUCUUUCUCCGGAAGAGUGCAAUUCUCCCUUCUGAACUAAUCUUGAUGAGUGGAGACUGGCUUUUGAAGAACCAGGGAAGAUUACCAUCCUCCUUCAAAGAGGAGUGUGAGACCUUAUCGAUAGACAUUGCUCAGUUCAUCCAAACACCCUCGAAUGACAACGCUUCAAAGACGACAGUAGCCAAAUCCCUAGUAUUUGCACUAUUGACUCGGGCUGAAAAUCCCGAUUUCACAUCAUCAGCAGGAGCUGUCAUGGUGGCUUUCUUCCAGAAGAUGAAAGAUGCCCAUCCCGAGGACGCGGAGAGCAUAUCCUCAAUCUGGGUAGCCCCUGUCAAGUAUAUUGUGCAACAGAACCCAGAGGGCUUAGAGUCCAUGUCUAACAAUAUCCUUCAUCCUCUGUUUGGAAUUGAUUCUCGUGGAUUUAACCGUUUCAUCAACACAUUGCCCCUCAAGAGUCUCCUUGCUGGAGACAUGACUGAUGCCCCAUUGUCAGAGUACAUGGUUCUUUUUACGGCAUUGCAAGUCGCCAAAAAGACCGGUUUGGUGCACGAAGAUCAUUAUUUCUCUAAAGGCAGCGCAAAGGCAGAAGCGGAUGGCGCAGUUGUUCUAAAAAGCGAGGUCAUCGGCCAAUUUCUCCUUCACAGAGAGCCUAGGAUUAGAAUCGCAGCCCUUUCGUUGUUAAUCACAGCAACCGCCACGGCUAAACCUCUCACAUCAACCGCGAUCCGGACAAUCCUAAAGGGUCUACCGCACAUGCAUGCUGAGCCCGACUCUUACCUGAGAGGAGAGAUCUUGAGUUUAACGCGCAAAUUGAUCUUUCGCCUUAAAGGUGGCAUUUUGCUGGAUCAAGAGAACCCCACUGCACAGCCAGUUUCGACAGAUAAGAAGGGACAGGCAAUUUAUGCCCGAAGUGAUUCUGAGAGCCUAGCGUGUCUGAAUGCUUAUUUGGAGUUUCUGAAGGCUGAUUUGCGGCCAACGGCUUCUUACCCUCGUCAUAUCGCUGCGCUUAAGGCACUGUAUCUCAUUCUGGACUCCGGUCUCGACCCUCGUAUCGAUAAACCGACAGCUGGCAAGUCCGACGGUGACAAAAUCCCGUGGAAAUUCAAGCUCGAAAUCUUCCAGCCAAACCUACUUAGACUUCUUGUUGAUCUUUUACUCGAUCCUUUUGAGGAAGUUCGAGCAACCUCUCUCUCCAUUCUGGCUUUAUUCCCGCAAGAUAUCCUGUUGAACAGCCUCUCGACCGCAGACCAAGUGUCAACGACAGUACCGGGAUUGAUAAACGCACUGUCCAAGGCAGAACAGCUAGCAAGCAACACCAGCAGAGCUGACCAUGCAGACACAGUCGCCCGUCUAUACCAUAUCACGUUCUGUGCAGCAGCUCAGGGUGGGUCAAACGGAUCUGCCUCGCAGUGGUGGGAAAGCAAGAACGGAGUUGUGGAUGCGAUCUUGAAAAAGCUCGAGGACAAAUUGUCUCUUGCCGGCGGUCUCUUCAACGCUUCUAUGCGAGAUGCACCUCUUCACGGUUAUAUUUCUGCUCUCAGAUAUAUUGUGUCGAUGUCUGAUUUCUAUUCUUUGAUUUCUGAGCCCAAAAACACUGCCUAUAUUGAGUGGAAGACUGUCCAUAGCAGAAUAACUUCGUUGUGCGAUAAGAUUUGGGAUGGAGUGAAGCCAGUGCUUUGCAUUGAUUCUCCCGAGGGACACACUGACGAGCCUGUUGAGGAUCUGAAUGUUGGACCAAAGGAUAUUCUCUCUUACUCUUGGCGUGCCCUUCGAGAAGCAAGUCUUUUACUUCACGCCACUCUUUCCAACGCCUCGUAUGGACCAAAGGGAGAGAAUGGACUGAAGGUCGAUGACUAUGAAAAAAUAGGCAAAACGAGCUUCAUCCAGCUUGCUGAACUCCGCCACCGAGGUGCAUUCUCAACUGUAUCUCAGACAUUCACCACCUGUUGUCAACGUUGUGGCCAGUCGAAGGACUCUGCCAUCUCCGCAUUGCCUCAGAAUUGGUAUCAGGACGCAAAACGAAUUAUCUUUGAGACCGCCUCCAAACUGACAAGACGUUCGGCUGGUCUGCCCGCGCUGGCCACGGGUAUUUUGUCUUCUGCCCCAGGAGGAUCGCUAUUCCAACAGGUUAUGGGCGAUCUUCACGAGAUAUCUCGCUUGCCAGCUGAACAUGACAGUAGCAAGCAGGACUUAGAGCUGCCCCAAGUACAUGCCAUGAACUGCCUGAAGGAUAUAUUUACCAAUACUCGACUUGGUCCCUUUACAGAACCCUUCAUCAUGUCUGCUCUGAACCUAUCAGCUGACCGGAUGGGAUCGCCAAUAUGGGCUCUCCGCAACUCUGGAUUGAUGCUCUUCCGCGCUCUUUUGACAAGAAUGUGUCGCGAUAUCCCCGGAGCUAGCUUAGGUUUCGGUGGCAGCUCAGGAUCAGAACCCGGUGCCAGAAUUCCAUUCCAAAGAUACUCUGGUUUGCUCCAGUUGCUGUCGGGUCUUCUCAGGCCAUCGCAAUCGGGUCAGAAUUCUGAGGAUGGAGGCAUCGCGCUUGUUACUGAACGAGUGUUCCCGGCGCUUGAACUUAUCGGUGAAAAGAUCCCGUCUGUUUCUGGUGACGAAGAUAUUAUGCUACGCGAACUGGUUCAGGAACAUCUUAAGAGCUCUGUCUGGGGAAUUAGGGAGCACGCAGCACGAGUAUACGCGUCCCUACUAAACCGUUCAGAAAUUUUGAAAGAAGUUCAAACAUUACUCGAUGUUGAUCGCGAUGUUAAGACACAGAAUUUCGUGCACGGCAAAGCACUUUGCGUCCGGUACGCUCUGCGGAGGUUUGCAUCGUCGCCUCCUUUACACUGGAACAACCACAUCGAUGAAGUGUUUUCCACGGAUCGAAAUGUACUCGCGACCUUGUUCCCGCUAGCCCAGUCUCCGUACAUUGCCACUGCCUUGCUUGAAAUUGUGACCGACACCGCCGAGAAAAGUAUUGUGUCGGGAGCUGAAGAAAAAUUGGGAUUUCUGCUGACUGAGGUUUUCGAUACAUACCAACUCCACGAUGUUAUGGAUUACAUUUGGAAGUCAUCUGAUUCACUUCGGAGAUCUUCGAGUGUUGCCCGUGCCUCGUCUCUACUUCGCAGGGUGCUGUCAUGGACUACGGUUUUGCGGAUGCUUAGCACUAAGGAAUCAGUCGAUUUACCGUCCUUCUUUAAACAGGUUUCAGAUGUUGAUUCCGACGCUGCCCGAUGGGUAUUGGAACAGCUACAAGACAUUCUGGGAGAAACACAACGACACAGGAAAUCGCUGCUUGAUCUUUAUUCUUCGGUGAUCCUAGGAAACUAUCCAGAAGAUGUCAAGGCAGCGGCUAUCUCGAACCUGGCCACUGGUCUAGAGGUCUUGCUUGACUUCCGCUACGACAAUACCAAGGGACUUGAUUUGCCGUGGGAAGCACUAGGUGCGCAAAUCAAAUCCGAGUUAGAGACGGGAACAUGGAGCAGAGACACAAGUGAUGCUGUACUUCGACUGCAAGGUUGUCUUCUCGCCAUCAGGGCCAGUUUACACCAAUGGCAGUUUUUGUCGGACUUUGAGUUAGACCUCCGGGGAUGGGGAACUAAAGUCCAGUUUGCAAUGCAGGAAGAAACGGAAUUCACAACUAGACACGCUGCUGUGUCAUCCUUGAAAACCCUUGGCCGUGUAUUACGACCUCUGGGCAGUCCUCCUCGGGAAGAUCCCGUUUUCUUGGAUAUAUAUUUGAUUCUGUAUGACAUGUUGAACGAUGAUGACGAAGAACUACGCGACAUUGCUGCUUCUACAGCCUCUUGGGUGUUGUCAUACUCAUCUGUAUCUCCUUCAAAGGCCGUGGCUCUGGCCUCUCUCCCUGCCGCUGAACUUCUUGCUGAAUUCAUUGCUGGCAAUUACGCCAGCUCUCCGCUUCUUGGUAACAAGAUCCUUCGAUAUAUCGCCGGUCAAGAGCCCCGAAUCAACGGUUUUGUUAGUCAAACAAAACUUACUCCGGUCUCAUAUCUUGUCUCUGAGUUCAGAAAAGAGAGCACAGUUCUGUUCGUGGAAGAGAAGCAGAAUCUGUUCAUUGACGAAAUCCGUGAUGUCGACAUAUGGACCAGAAAGCUUAAUCAGUUAACGGACAUAUCCUUUGAUGGAUCGCUGAUUCAGGAAAUCUCAAAAUGGGUAUUCGAAGCAGUGUCUUAUCUGGCUGAGACAACCGCACAAAGCGCUGGGGCGGACGGACUUUUGGGUUGGGCUUCAAAGCCUGAGGUAUUUACCCUGGGAGUGCGAGCCAUCAGUCUUGCAGCAGCCUUCUCGUCGGAGGGAUCUUUCGCUUCACGAUACCUGGGUGAGGAUCAGAGUAAAAUUAAGGGCUGUCUUAAGUCAUUAUUUGACAAUGGGACAACUGCUUCUCUUCAUGACGAGUGGCUUUUGAGAACUCAGGCAGCACUGGGAACUUCAUGAUAUGAUGUGUACAAAUGAUGGGUAUAGACAAAAGAUAUAGAUUUUCAUUCAGUUCAUUAAAAAAAUCAUUUUGACAGAAUCUUAACUUUCAUGGGGAUCCUCUAGAAGCUAACAUGGGAAAGACAGUGAAUGGCAUUGCGC